CAGACAGUGCGGAUUUUUCCCUCCGCUUGUUCUCUCUUUCUUUUUCUCACUCUCACUCCACUGGAUAGUUGCUCAGGAUCCAGGCAGGGAACGAUGUCACAAUAUUCAGGGAAGAUAGUGUUCUACGAGGGGAAGUGCUUCACAGGUCAGAAGCUGGAGAUGUUUGGCAACUGUGAAAACUUCCAGGACCGUGGUUUCAUGAACAGGGUGAACUCUAUCCGCGUGGAGAGCGGGGCCUGGGUGUGUUUCGACCAUCCUGAUUUCAAGGGACAGCAGUACAUGCUGGAAAAAGGAGAGUAUCCUGAUUUCCAACGUUGGAAUGGCCACAAUGAUCAUAUGGGCUCCUGCAAGCCAAUCAAAAUGCAUGGGGAGCACUACAGGAUGGAGCUUUUUGAGGGUCAGAACUUCACCGGUCAGUGUGUUGAACUGUGUGACGACUGUCCCUUCCUCCAGAGCUCCGGAUUCAGCAAGAACUGCCUCAACUCCGUUAAAGUCUAUGGAGACGGAGCCUGGGUCAUGUACGAGGAGCCAAACUAUCGUGGCCGCAUGUACGUUGUGGAAAGAGGAAACUACUGCUCAUUUAUGGAAUGGCAAGCUGAGGAACCCAACAUCCAGUCUAUCCGCAGGGUGGUCAACUAUUUCUAAACUUUCACAUCCCAAAACUGCCUCACUCUCAAAAGAAAUUCAAUGUUUCAAAGUAUAAUUAACGCAAAUGAUAAACCAAAUGAACCUUAACUUUGAUUUACAUUACUGAAACUUUUUAUCAUUCAAUUAUGAAUGAGUUAUUUGAGAAGAAAAUGCAAUUAGCAAAUAAAUAUUCUUGUAUGUUUUAUUUUGUAUUUGUAUUGAGGCAAUGAGUUGAAAUAAAAGUGAAGAAGUUGCUGUUC